UUUGCUUCAAUUGUCUUUGCCUCACGACGACGUCACCUGCAAUCUUAAACUUACUGAGAGUAGUAUCCGAAAGGGAAAACAAUCGAAGUAUCUUAUUUUUCUAACACUUAGAUAUUUUAUACAACAAUCACUCCGGGACAGUAUUAAUUGUAAAAGGUGGACUUAAUUUUUCAUUAACUAUAAGUAUUCUAACAAUCUUAUAUGUUAUGCCUCGAAGAUCCUUAAAUUAUUUUUUAUCGAGUAGACUAAGUACGUUUUCGUCAAUUACCGUAAUUUCACGAUUUUCUCUUCCGUGUUUAUUUUCUCUCGAAUCUUUUUGCGACGGCACCGGCUAUACACGGAAAUUUGUGACAGGCUUUGAUCUUGCGUUAUACCUCUCAAUAUCGGCGACCAAUCUUUCAGAUUAACAUGAUCGACACAGAAUCGCAGGCAGUUCUUUUGCAGAUAUGUUUGCACUGCCGAUAAUGGUUUCACGUUUUCUUCACGGCAUAGAGUCUUAAUUAAAAAAUACGUAUCUCGUCGAUAAAGUGAGAGAUUGAAACAUUAGAUAAGAAAUACUUAAAUAAAAAUAGUUAUUAAUAUUUUUCUUCCGACGAAUUUACAAUUUCUUACAGACGAGAAAAAUAGUACACCAAAUGCUGAUAAUUUUUCUUAAAAAGAGAGAAAAUCAGAAUAGUAAUAUUGUUCAUGUAAAUUAAGGUUAUUUCUCGAGAAAACCUGGCGAUAACGAACCUUGUAUAUCCAUUCAAAUGGCUUACUAGAAUUUCUCUCUUUGCCACCCUGCAUAGCGUCAUUCGUAAUAUUGUCAGGGAUCACGGAUUCAUACCUCAACAUCCUACAAUUUUUGCCGAGGAACGUUUUUGGGGAAAAAUUUGGAAAAUGUCAGGCCGCUCGUGAACUGAACGUACUGAAAGGUCGAUCGAACAUUUGAAUGCGUACUGUCGGCGGAGAAAGACACUUCGAGUUUCGUUUCACACGUGUUAGAAUCAUUCAUUAGAAUCAUAUCGGUUUAAUCAGUCUAAUACUUAAGAUUUAUUUGUUUCCGAUAUACUAAGAAAAUUGCGUAGAGAACUUCAUAUCUUCACCUGGAAAGGGAUAAGUGGCGAGAUACGGCGUUAAAUGAUAGUAAGUUUUUGAAGGAACGUCGUUACAUUCCUACAAUUAAUUUGUUUCUUGUUAUUUUUGUGGAUUAAUAUAUAUAUAUAUUUCCGUCGCUUCGUCAAAAUACGGUAAAUCAACUACGUUUCUUAAGAAAUUCCUACGAUAGACACCACGGAGGGACUUCUUGCACUACUCAUAUCUAAAUUUUCAAGAGAAUGAUUUGAGGCCACCUUUCGUAAAUUCACCGCCAAUGUCACGAUUUCUCGUGGACGUAGCAGGUGUUAAUACUUCGUUUUCAUUUAUCGUAACACUAAUCUAACGAUAAUUAUUUUGUGAUUAACAUAGAAGAGUUGAUAAUUUAUUUACGACGAUUAUUGAGAGUUUACUAAUUUAGUUAAUGAUCAUUAUUGAGAGAGGAAUCGUUUAAUUGAUCGCAAUGAUCAAACUGCGACGAAUAUUACACGUUUAAUGCUAUAUUUAUUUGCUCAUGGCGCCAUAUGAACGAGUGGAAAAAAUAAUAAUCGUUUCAUCGUGUGUAUUUCUACUUGCAACGUGCAACUUCUAUUGUCAGGACAAUGAAAAUAGACAUGAGUUAAGAAUAUUUAUUAUCUACACUCGUAAACACUACGACGAUAGUUAUAAGAUAAAUAGAAUUAUGGAUAUCCAUUUAUUUAUAUUAAAAAGAUGAAAAGAGAUAAUCAACAAAGAAAAAUUAUUUGUUAAGAAAGAAAAUAAAUCUUUCGAUCUAUAAAUACACAUGCAGAUAUAUGAAAAUUGGAAGUAUUUCGAAAAAUUCGAAUGAAAAAUUAAAACGCAGAAUAGUUUGAAAAAUUGGAGCAUCCAGAUUGAUAAGGAUUAUAAUUAAUCACAUUAAUAACUUUAGAAAGUCGUGCAUUAAAUCGGCCUUAAGCCGUAGAAUGAAACAUAUAUUGAUAAUUUGGUAUUAGUAAAAAUGUAUAGAAAACUUUCGUUAGUCAAUAAAAGUUAGUUCAUAAAGGAAGACAAAACUUUUCCUUGUGUAAAAUAUAGAUUGUAAAUAUAGAAAGAAUAUAAGAGGGAGAGAAAACGUUGUUGUCAAGUGAAAACGAUAUAAUUUGUGUGCAGAGUAGAAUCGUUAUUAUACGGAUCUAUUAUAUAAAAUGCAACUGGAAGCAAGUCGACUCUUCGAGAGCGCUUGUGCAUCGGUGCAUCUAUUCGCUGGGCGCUCAAGCUGAAGGCACGCGUUGGGAUAUGAUACACCGCUUAUUAAAAAAUAACGGAUAAGGCGUGAAACGCAGAUACAAACGCAUACGAUAAGCACAGCCGCGCAAAGAUAACUUACGUCACGGAAACUCUAAAACGGCCCUAAAUAGUCGCCUCGUAAGACGGCGCGGUGUUAAGCGAUUAAAUUUACAGUGAUAAUGCUUCAUCCUCUCGUAUUUGCCACUCGCAAAUUCUACCCGUGCCCCUCCGUCGCCGCCGAUUAUUAUUGGCUUAAAAACCACGCUGUCUCGUCGUUUAAACACCCGCAGCUCUUCCGCGUAUUAAUCUAUUUGUAUGUUUAAACGCUGCGCUAACGCAAAUGCACGCGUGUCCUUCCUCGGCUAACGAAAUUGAAACAGACGAUUAGUGGCGUAUGAAAAGGGUCGCUUAUAAAUUUAGUAUCUAUAUAUUAUGCUGUCGUUUCUCUCUCUCUCUCUCUCUCUUUCUCUCUCUUUCUACUUGCGAUUCUAUCUUCAUUAAAACGUUGCGCACAUCUUGAAGCGCCGCGUCGCCUGACAAUAGCCCGCUCGAGAUUCACACUGCUUGCCGGUGACAUCGUCGUGUUUCGCCGUCAGCGUGACCAUUACGUGACAUUACGAGAGUCUUCAGCAACAAAUUUUCACUUUCAUUCUGUUAUCGUCGCGCCUACUAUCAGGACACUUCGGGAAUGCUAAAUGUCCAAAGCUUCUCGUCAUGGGAGUACGUUUGAUCGAGUGUUCCGUAUCUACUUGCAAGUACGGCGACGCAAGACGAACGUUCCGUAUAAAAGACUCGUUCUGCGUUCUGCGUUUUGCCGCAAUACGAUUUCACUAGAUUGCAGAAUAGAAUUUGCGAAAACGCGGCCAUCGGCCUCUUUAAUGCGCGGGUCGUCCCUGAAUAAUGUAGAAGCGCCGAUAAAAGUGCAAUAAGUUUACACGCUAAACGACGUCUUUUUGUCCCGUUACCUCCUAUUAUUUACAAACAAUUAACGAUAUUAUGUUUUUCGUUUAUGUCGAAAAAAUAUCUGGGAAAAUUUUUACUCGAAUCGAUCGACGAACGUGUGCAUUGUGCUCGUGAUUGUGAAAUCCCGGAUCGAAUUCGCGGAAGUGCGACGGUUCUUCUUAAUUACGACCAACGUAGAAGCGGAGUCGUGCGUCGAAAAAGUCUCGAGUAAUUAACACGUCUGUUGAAUAAUAUCGAUGAAAUCGGCGUAGCCACUUUCGGUCGCGAUCUUAACCGACGAAUUUUCCCGGUUUCCUUAACAUUAAAUUGUCCGUAUCUCGAUGUAGGAACUAUGGAGUUGCAUCACUAUGAAAACAAUGUCUUCGAUGAUAAUGCACACAACACUAUAUUUGCUUGUUUCGUGCCCAAACACGGCGUAAUCGGACGAAUUACGUGAACGGCUAUCUCGCGCAGAACGUCUCUCUAAUUGCGCACGCUGGGUAUCGUGGUUGCUGCCAAGCGAUACAGCGGUAUUUGAGAUGCGUCGCGAGACUUUUGAAUUACAUGUAGACACUUUCGGCGGAAGAUAAGAUAAAGCGAACUGGGAAAAUUGCACUGACGCAUGACCCCGUGUGUACGAAAGCAUCUACGGUCCCGAUGCGCGCUCAAUGCCGAACUAAUCGUCAACGGCCGCGGAAUUUUCGCGAUUUUCACGAUCUCCGUUGCGCGUCAGCGAGCGAGCGCUCGUAAUGACUGUUUAAAUGAGCGAUCAGUGACGUUUGUGCUUCAUGUGAAAUAUGAAUAAAGAGCUACAGCCGAUCGGCUUGUCGGUGAAACUCUGGUGACUAAGAAGAACUCGCGCGGUUAAAUUGCCGCUAAUUUUGCCGGUGAGUGCCGUUUAAUCGAGUGCCGUUUAAUCGAGCUGAGGCUGUUCAGCGCAUUCGUUCGCAGAGUGAUCCGGCGGUAAUCGAUCCUUCGGACAUAGUAAUUAAUGCAACACCAGCGUGUGUGUGUGCGGUAAUCAAUCAAUGUUUGGUCCAUGCGAAAUCAGUGCACGGAGGAUCGUUUUCUUUCGUCCGAGGAUAAGCAGAUUGAUAUCGUGCGAGCAUGAACGUGCAUUUUUGCAAGGUAAGUAACAACGUUUCGAGCUAUAUGCGUAUUUCCAGCCUGAUUUCGUAUAGUUGUACAAAGCGUGCAGAUUUCCGUGAUAAGCUCCUUUUUCCGUACUUAGAAUACUAACAGUUGUGUGUAGAGUAAAAUAUAUGCACAUGUAAACUUCGCCUGAAGAUUCAUUGAAGAUUCGCCAUUUUAACUGUACGUGUUAUAUAGUUAUAUAUAGUUAACAAAUAUAUAGAUAACAUCAACCACAUCAACGAGUCCCGAGAGUUUUGCGUUGAACAUUAUCUCCCGGAAAUAUUUUACACAAAACGCGCAAUUAGAGAUAGUGAAAUUUAAUAGUUUAAUCAUUCUUACUUCCUCAUUUAGGAUCUUGAUCGAAAUUUCUCUUUUAUCGAUCGCUUCGGACGAAAAAUAACCUAAUAUACUUGUCGACUAUCUGUCAUCGAUGCUCUUCAGUAUCUGACCCGAUGCUUUUCGACGUUCCCGACGAUGCGAAAAGCGGCAAGGAGGUAUUCGGCGAAGUGAGAGCUCGUCUUGAAGAUGGGAUGCAAAACCAGUAUACUGGAGUGCAUGAGGGACAAAGUUGAGCUGGAGAAGAGCACGUCGUCCGAAACUAGAAGCUCUCUCGUUACAAGCGGUAUGUCCCUCCCUUUCCUCCUUUCCGACACAUUUCUCUAUUCGUGUUGUUUAAAUUUUCUCGAGAGAUAUACCGCCAUAUUCCCUCGGCUUGAAUCUGAAAGUCAAAAUCUAAAGCGGAGGAAUUAGCCAACUGGAAAAAUGCCUAUGUGACGGUGCAAAGCUGCAUACAGUUUUUAUCAAUUUUCAUCCACAAUGAAGAUAGAUACAAAUAAUGAUCCUAACGAUCUUUCCACGCCUCAUGCAGCAUUUUCAAUGAGUACUCCUCCCUUUUCUCGAUAUGGUUUAGAGAAAUAGUUGUAAUAUCGUAUCUUGUUAUUAUGCGAUCAGCUUAAUAAUUUUAGCGCACAACUAACACAGAUGUAAUGUAACAUAGCCCACGAUUGACCGUCGUCGUAUUGCAAAUUAAUCGUUGCGUAUUUUUCAAUGAGAUUGCAAAGGCAGCAGAGUCCGUAAACUACGUACGUCAGUCUCUAUGUAAAUAUUUUCGGCGAAAAGUUAAAAUGCCUCCUUCUGGCACAAUGUUAUCAAGUUUGCACAUAUUUGGCUUCUGGGCACACGUGAUACGCGACUGGAGAACGUCAAACGUCAAAGCGUAGCAAUUUUCUCCUGAAGGUCGGAGGAAUUCUGGGCAGUUACGAUCUUACUCCGAGUUUGCUCGGUAAUCCGCUUACGACUGUGAGAACUGCAACGCUACGCUCUCUCGCCCAAAGGAUUUAUUUUUCUCCUCUCCAUUUCGUUCAUUUAUUCUAUAUUUGUUACACGCUCGGAUGCCUCAAUCGGUGCAACGCGGAGAAAAAUUGUAUUCUCGACAUUGUUCAUGAAAUUCAGUCGCAUGUAUAAAUUGAAUAAGAUUGUUAAAUAUAAUCACUUGUCAGUUCUCUCUCUGUAUGAAUAUUUUAUUAUUAUUUUCAACAACUGUGUGUGUGUAUGUGUGUGAUGUGUGCAACGUGUUUUAGCGUGUAUGAAAAAAGAUUUACUUGAAAGAGUGCGUCCACGGAUCACAGUGUUAACGACCAUUGCUUGGGCUUUUACAAGCUACUAAACAAACUAUGGUUUGAUGUUUUAUUGUAAUUAAAAAUACGGUCAAUUAGACACUUCUCAGGAGGUUUUCUUGGCCGGGAGACUUUUAAUUUCUAACCACGGUGUUGGUUAUGACGUCAACAAAGGUUGAGUUAUGAACAGACUGGAACAUUACCGCGUACGUCCGCGUGACGGAUGCGUACCUUUCGUGAAGGAGGAGAGAAGGGCGGAGAGGUGGACUUUUCAGGUAACAGUCAUUCUCCUUGACCUAGUCUACGAUUGACCAUCGCACAGUGUGCCGUGUGCUAACCGGAGUCAUCGUUCGAGAUGUGAAUUAAUCAGAUAUAUGGAUACACAGAUAGGUACUUUCGGCGUUCCUACUUUUUCGACUUAGGAGUCUGCGCACCAUGUCGCGCCAGGGUCGUGAUAGUUCGCUUUUAAGGAUCGAUUCUGGGACAUGGCUAAUCAUAUUUCUGUGCUCAAGGACCUCCGUAGUGAUGCUGCAUUCAAUUUCACUUCUACUUGUAUCGCUAGAUUUUUCCUCGACUCUGCAAUGCUCUGAACUUGUAAUCAUAAGUCGAUGGAUCGAUGGUAUAAAUUUUCUCAAAAUUUGCUUUCGGCAUAAGUUUGCUUCUUCCAAAUUGGUGAUAUUUUAUAACAAAAUAUUUAUUAUAUUUAUCAUAAAUAUUCUCUUUCUUUAUAAUAUAAUAUUCUUUUCUAAUCCUUGUUCUAAUGCCCUGAAAAAGCUAAGACACCUAUAUGAAUGUUGUGUGCUAGAUUUGAACAUUUAUUUUAUCUUCAGAUGUUUAGUAAGCGGCACGUACUUAUUUCUCACGUAAGGAGAACAGCGUUUCUUCUUCUACGGUUAGCAAUCCGCGUGCGUGGAAUUGAGGUUUAUUGGGUAUUAUUUAAGACGCGUAACUACAGUCAAUGUCGGGAACUAUCGUGCAUGUUGCGCGAGAAUUACGUAAACAUUGGGAUCUAUCCGUUUCUCUUUGAAUACAACACGCGGCGGCUUAUAAAUAAAUAUUCUACAGUUGCACGAACUUAAAUACGAUUCGAUCGGAACAUUGAAAUUGCGCAUCGGAAAUCGAAUACAGAUACGUUGCAUCGUAUCAGGUCUACGAGUAUAAAUGCAGAUCAGGUACUUGAUCGGUCGCCGGUUUUCUAAAGAAUUUAUCGGAUGCUUUAAGUUUUGUGGUUUUCUAGCCUACCGGAAUAACACGCAUUUAUGCACGUAAAUGUUAUUUACAGACGUAACGGAGACCGACAAGGAACAAAGCAGCCCGUAUCUCAUGUUCUGCGAGCGUCGUCUUGUCACCGAAGAGGACGAUCACAAAGAACAACCGCAACGUUAGUUACGAUUGGUCAUUACGUAGAACUAUUUAACAUCAAGUAUAAUUGAAAUAUUGUACACAGCAGGAGGAAGAAAUAUUUGUUUACCUUAUCGUUCCUGGAAUAAUAUCAAAUGAAAGGGAAACUGUUUGCAAAAUUUGCACGUGUUCACAAUAUAUCAAUAUAAUUGAUGCAAUUAAUUAUAUAAUUCAAGUGAAAUCAAGAUACAUGUCAAGACGGUAUUUUGUACGAUAUGUUUUUGAUUCUGCCGAAAUUUAUUCCAGAAAUGAUGAGACGCGCAAAUAUUUUUUUUUCACUCACUGUGUAGGUUUUACAUAAUCUAGGAAAUUUCUCAUCGGUAUUGAUAUCUACGCGCGUAUCUUAUUCCCUCAAGAUUAAUUUUAUUGAGUCUGGCUGAUAUGCAAAAUCAUUAAGCGCGAUAUCUAUGUGAAUUACCUUACUUAGUUAAUAUCGACGACAUCUACGUUGUCUCUUACUCGUAUUAAUGCGUAAGCAAGUUACCUGUUGCUUGGAUUUUUAUCUUAUCGGGUCUGAGGUUAUACCGUAGCGUGCGAUUUUUAUUCCGAACGAGGCGAACCUUGAAUAAUUUCAUAUGCAAAACGACCGCCGUGUGAUUAUUGCUCAAGAUAUUUGAAAAGAUUUUAUAAAUGAAUACUAACUCUCUUAUUACUUAUUCCUCUAAACUUUUUUGCUUUCAAAUUUAACAAUUUGCGCUCGUGUUAAUAACGUUUAUUAUACAUUAUUUUUCCCUAUAUCGAUGGGAUAUAUAUUGAGAUAAUUCGAGAAGUUAAUACUUGAAAAUGCCCAAAACACUACUAACUUUUACUGCGCCUACAUUUAAGUUGCAAUGAGUUAUCAACGAGUUAUCAACGACUUAGUUCAUGAAUCACGUUGAAUUUCGGGAUAUUUCUUUCCAGCCAACGCGCGCGAGUGCCAUUCCAAAGCUGUAUGUUAUUUCUGCGUAUUCUGCUACAUUAUACCUUUAUUUUGUAAAACUUGCUUUGCCGCGGUACGCACAUUUUCACCCGUCUAUCGAGCUAAAUGGACCUACAGUAUCUUGAAUCUCCCCGACGACGCUAUCGCGUCGCUCUUCUGGGGCCAGUCACUCUCAAGUAGAAUUUUAACUUGGUCGAUUCGGUUCUCUCGGUCAGUCGUUGUCUUUGGGCCGCAUACGGCGCAUCGUUCGGUGCGUUCGCCGAUUUUUAUCGUUGAUUCAAUAUCCGGCUCGCGAUUUCGAACACGUUUUCAUCGAAACCGAUAGUAGUUCAGUUAACUGUGAAAUCUAUACGGAAUUCACACUUCCUCGAGUGCGCGUGUUAGUUAAAUUUUCGAUCGCACCGUUCUCAAAUGCGAACGUGCCAAGAGGAAAAUCGAUCGUUGGAAAAACGUCCGUCUGCUGAUUUCAAUUCACUUGUGGCAACUUAAAAAAUAUGAACGUAAUUUGUCUCACAGUGCGUAAUUUGUCUCUCAGUGUCCGCGAAUUUCUAACGAGAAUAACAUACGCUCUUGCCGAUAUUUACUGCUAACAGUGACGGGUAAUAGCGUAAGACGCUACCGGUGUAAUGAAAAAAGGCACACAGACAAACUUCAUACCGUGCGAAAUCACGUAAUUCAAUGAUCGCAAGGCCGAAAGCAUAAUCCAUAUAUGGCUUCGUCGCCGAAUAGGUAUUUUUUCCCAAGCGACGACGAAGAUAGCUUGGAGGAUGAAUUAUACGGCAAUGGUGGGUACAGAUUCUUAUCUUCAUAGAACUUGUUCGACGCAUAAAUUCAUAUUCAGACCUUGACUCAACCUUCCAUCGAGAAUACACGAUGUAUUCAUUAUACAAUUUUUUUUCUAACAUCGUAUAUCACUCGGUGAUUAGAACGUUCUUUCAAAAAAAGAUGGGAGGAAAAAGUGGAGCAACGAUUAAUAUAUCCCGUCAGUUAAGCCCAGUUGUGUUUUAAUUGCAAUUAAUGCUACUGUGACCCACAAACCCCGUAAGAUACCGCGUAUUGAAUAAGUGAACGCAUCCUCAACGAGCGCUCGUCGCUAAUUACCGAUGCAUCGACAACUGAAUCACGCGUUAAUUGAUAGAUUGGGAACGCGAGGAAAGAUCCGAUAUCUAAGGAGAGACCGAAAGAAUGAAAUAGCUCCGCUGUCGUCCAAGCUUCGCUAAUAUAUCGCAGCCGCGUACCGGCGAUUACUCGUUGCCAAGAAAUUCAAUACGAUUAUUCCAAAAAUUUAUCCAACUCUCGAAGGCGAUCGUAACUGAAUUUUUGAAUGUUCAAUAUUCCAGACAAGACAGAUGUGCUUGACAUCGUGGGUGAGAAGACGCCUUUCGAGGAUAACGCGCACGACGACAGCGAUUAUCUGACCAUUAAGGGUCCUCAAGACGUCAAUGCUCAUCUGUUGACAACCUCUGUUCCUAGUAUUGUGAAAAUAUUAUUAGUCUUUAGCAAAGAUGACCAACAAAUGGAGAUACUUGCUACGACUGCGAGCAAAUUGGGCUGGAGUGUAUCGGUGGCGAAAGACGCGGAAAAAGCGAUAGAGCUCUAUCAAAAUCGUGCUCAUGAAUUGGUGAUCAUCGAUCAUAGGGGACAUCGUGCGGCCGAGGGCGAUGCUAUUUGUAGAGCGCUCAGGUCAAGUCCGGUUCACUACAAUUCUGUCAUUAUAGCGCUCGUGAAGAAAUCAUACUUUAUGCUCGCUGAUAAAGACCAUAUUGCUGCGCUGAACUUGUUAGAAACAGGCUUUAGUAGAGCUAUGAUGGAAUGUUCGCACGAAGGCAUACUAAUAAACGAAUUAGUCGGGAUAUAUACCAGUUCGUUGUUGCCGAGAACGCAACUCGCAGCGGCGCAUGCACUCUACUUGGCACUUGACAGAUGUCGCGAUAUGGUGCAUGUAACCAACGAUAAAAACAUUGUACAGUUUCUAAAUAAAGUCAGCGAAAAAUUGUUAGGAUAUACGCUAGAGGAAAUGAUGGGGAGAAAUCUCUCGGAGAUAGUCUUCUACGAAAAUUUCGCUCUAAUGGAGCAGCAGUUGAGUAAAGGCCGGGAAUUCGAGGGGAAUAUGAAUUGCAAGAGGAAGAAUAACCAAAUAAUCACGAUCAAUUGCCGGAUAAUUCCGUUCUGCACCACGCUGAAAAAACCAACUCAUUACAUAUACGUAUACGACACCACGUAUCUGUCAGAAAAUAUAGCGCCGAUAAGCCCAAUCGCUAGCCCGUUGCAUCCUCCUCUAAGGACGAGCAUAUUGUCGAACGCGCGAAAACACUCGGACGUCAGAUCUGCUAUAAGCGAGGGCCGCCGGCGAUCCAGCUUGCAGAAACUGCACACCUUGCAACUGGAAGCCCCCAUUACCAAAGUGAUUACGUUACUUUCGAAUGCGGUGACGGACACGACUAACACGGAAACAGCGGCUCAGAUUGAUAAGGCAAUCGAUAUCUUAAAGACGACGGAGCUUUACGUGCCACACCUUAAGGAGGACAAAAUCUACAAUGAUCCGGUCGCGACGGAUCUCGUUGGCGCGUUACUUUCCUCCUCCCGAACGUGGGACUCGAGAAGAUCGUCGGCGGACUCCGCAAGAUUGUCCACCAUCAAACCCGCCAUGGGCCCGACCAAUGCGCGUAUAUCCAUGAAAAAUUUCCGCGGGCCGCAGGAAAUCGCGGACAUAUUGGACAGCAGUCUCGAGUGGGAGUUUGAGAUAUUUAAGCUCGAAGUGCUGACGGAGGGAAGGCCGCUCGUUUUUCUGGGAUUGACGAUCAUGAAUUUGUACCAAGUGCCCGCUAAAUUGAACUGCGACGAGAAGGUCAUGCAGAAUUGGCUGUCGAUUAUCGAAUACAAUUACAUAUCGGAGAACAGUUAUCACAAUUCGACGCACGCCGCGGAUGUCAUGCAGGCGACCGCGACCUUCAUGCAAUCGAAGAGACUGAAGGAGAUUUUGGAGCCCUUGGACGAGGUUGCCGCUUUAAUCGCCGCGGCCGCGCACGAUAUCGAUCAUCCCGGACGAUCCAGCCAGUUCCUUUGCAACGCGAACAACCGUUUGGCGAUACUCUAUAACGAUCUGUCGGUGCUCGAGUCGCAUCACGCAGCCUUAACGUUCAAAUUAUCGUUAUCCGACGAUAGCGUGAACAUUUUUAAAAAUCUGGAUCGAGAAACGUACAAACUGUUGCGACAAAAUGUCAUUGACAUGAUUCUGGCGACCGAAAUGACGAAGCACUUUGAGCACCUGGCGAAGUUCAUGAAUGUCUGUAGCGCGAGAAUCGGUGACGGUCAAGUUGAGUCUUAUGCGAACUCUCUGGACAUGUCCGUGGUGUUGCAACCGGAUAACGUAAUAUUAAUUAAAAGAAUGAUGAUCAAGUGCGCGGACGUGUCCAAUCCAACGCGUCCGCUGAAGAGUUGCGUCGAAUGGGCGAGACGGAUUGCCGAGGAGUAUUUCUGUCAGACCGACGAGGAGAAAAAGCUGAAGAUGCCGGUGGUAAUGCCGAUGUUCGAUAGACAGACAUGCUCGAUACCGAAAUCGCAAAUUGGCUUCGUCGACUUUAUUAUCAACGACAUGAUCGAGGCUUGGGAUGCGUUCAUCGACAUGCCGGAAAUGGUGGGCUACAUGCGACAAAACUAUGAGAAAUGGAAAGAGUACAAUGAACAAGGUAUAUCUACUUUGCAAGACGUCGAGAAGAUACAACAACAUCCCGACCUGCACAUACCACGAUUACCGCGGUAAGAUGGAAAAGCGUCGUUUUAUUUUAUGUUUCGUUAUGUAUUUAUAUACAAUGCUGCGGUUAAACAGUCAUAUGUAUAGUAUUUACGUAUUUAAAUAUAGAACAAUGAUGUCACGUGCUUUCGAGUAGUUUUUGAAUAAAAAAUAGAAAUAUACACAUCAUAUAUAUAUAUGUGUGUGUGUGUGUGUGUGUGUGUGUGUGUUUGCGCGCAUAUGUGUGUAAUUUGCCGUUUCGUCUCAUUAGUGUAUUAUAUUGUGUAUUAUUCUUAUUUAAAUGUAACUUCACUUCCUCUGAACGACCCUCAUCGUAUUACUAUUUUAAGUACGUGACGCACAUCAGCAAGACGCACAUAGCAUAAAGUGUCAGAAAUACCUUUGCAACUUCCGCGACUGCGUUAUUGCGAACAAAAUCUCCGCUGUGGUUUCGAUGCGUGCUGGUAAUAAUUAAUUUGUACAUCUUGGAGCGGCUAGCGAAUAAAUGAGAAUCACCAAAAGACAUCGACUUGAUUCACAUAUAUCCCCGAUCUCUCUCCUUUAGCCAGAACUCAAUUUUUCGUCCAAUUUUGACGUCGAUUUUCCACGACAACGGGCUACUUGUAUGUGGAUGUGAGGAUUGGUAUAACAUUAAAUCGAAAAGAAGACUCACACUAAUGUAUAUGUCGGAUUCCACUUUAUUGUUUCUUUUAGCCAAGAAAUGGCAUCGGGCCUAUUUCCAUGCGCUGCAUGAAUACAAAAUUAAAUAGAACCGAGUAUAAGUAAGUAUAAGCCGUAUCCGGAUGGAAUUUCGUGUAAUUUCGACCAAACGAAGCGUAUAGAUAUGAUCAUACGAAAUACAAACUCCUUUCUUUUUGUUUGUUUGUCGAUACAUGAAGUAUGCGCACUCGCUCUCUCAACCUAAGCCUGCCCUGACAUAAUGUUGUUUGCAUCUAAGGACGAUAAUUACGUUUAUAUAUGCUGUUACAAACCAAAGGAUCGGUAUAACAUCAAUAGUCCAUCGAGUUACAAGUAUCGCGUUAACGGAUGGUUACUAA